CUGUUUGGUGUUACCUUCUCCACAUUUUACACAACGCAAUUGUGAAGAAGGGCAUUGGUGAAUAAAAAAAUGAGCAUCCAAUGUGGUAUGCACGCUAGGGAUUGUGUCAUUAGCUUCCGGGCUCUCCGACAAAUUUGAGAUCUACCAAACGGUAAUGGUGAUGGUGACUCAUAUCCACUUUAUUUAUUUCUCAACAACUUAAGAGCUCAUCUAUUGAAUGCCGAUAGGCAUAGUUAAGUUGUAUAAAAUGGGGGACGGAGUAGGAGGCUUUAUUCACACACCAUCUCCUAAUCAGGUAGUCGAAGAAGCAGAGAAAAAAUUAUACCACCAAUUUUCUCUAAUAGUGAAAUGCCUCAAUCGCCGAUUCUAAUCUCAAUUCCAGCGAGAUUCGGGAAUUUUCUUCCAGGUUCUCCGACAAAUUUGAGAUCUACCAAACGGUGGAGAAAAAGGUAGAACGUGGCCUUUUAUGGAGUACCAUUCAUGCCCUUAUAGUAGUGCGUACCUCUAAACAGCCAACUGCCGUUUGAUGAAUUACUUCUUGCGUUUUGCCCACAGCAACUUCAGUCUCCAACAAUAUUCAUUUGUCAAUUUUGCCCUUUAUCACUUCUUCACUAUUUCCUUAAACCCCAGCAAACCACCACCUGCAACCUCCGCCAUCGCCGCCGUAUAAUUCGCGGCAAUUUCAAAAUUGAGGAUAUUACAGAGGAAAUAAAAUGGAGACGUCCUGUGCAUAUGCACGAUGUUCAUGCUCACUGUCAGCGGCCCAGUUUUCUGUGGUACCUCAAUAUAAUGUAUUUCUUCCUCUUCCUACUAGUAGGAAGCUGCGGCAGCAUAUGCUGCUUCCUGUAACAGCAGUGGCGAAGAAGGAUCUUAGAGGGAGUGUCAAUGACACAGAGCCGAGUACAAUCGAUGAUGGUAGUGGAAAGUCUGCCAAAGGGUCAGGGACGACAGCAAGAGGGCGCCGUUUGUUGAAAGUUCGGGAGGAAAAGCGGAAACGUGAUCAGGAGCGGCUCCACAAUUAUCCUGCUUGGGCAAAGGUACUGGAAGAUGCGUGUAGAAAUGAUUCCGAGCUUAGAGCUGUUCUGGGAGAUAGUAUUGGUGAUCCUGACCUCAUGAGAAAAAGAGUUGAAGAAAGGGUUCGGACGAGGGGCAGAAAUAUCACAAAAUCUAAAUCCGGAUCUGUCCUUGCAUUCAAAGUUAGCUUUAGAGAUUUUAAUCCUCUUGAUUCAUACAUAUGGUUUGAGUUAUAUGGAUCUCCUUCUGAUCGGGAUGUUGACCUUCUUGGCAGUGUGAUUCAGUCAUGGUAUGUGAUGGGCCGUUUAGGUGCGUUUAAUACAGCCAACUUACAGUUAGCUAACUCAUCGAUGGAGCAUGACCCCCUCUAUGACGCGGACAAGGGAUUCAAGGUGAUGCCUUCAUCGUUCCAUGAUAUAAGCGAUGUUGAAUUCCAAGAUAACUGGGGCAGAGUCUGGGUGGACCUUGGCACUGCUGAUAUCUUUUCAAUCGACGUGCUUCUUAACUGCUUGACUGUAUUGAGCUCAGAAUAUUUGGGCAUACAACAGGUGGUUUUCGGGGGUAGGAAACUCGGAGACUGGGAAGAAGGGAUGACAAGCACUGAAUUUGGGUAUAAAUCCUUCAAAAUAUGAAAAUUUUCGCCUGCUACAAAGUUGUUGGAGUAUUUGCUUUGAGGAAAAUUAGAGGGACACGAAAAGUUUCCAUUUCACUAAUUAAUACUACUACUAUUUUAAUUAGAGUUAAUUCUUAGUUGAAAUUCAUAAUAUGGGGAAUAUAUUUACUAGCCA